UUAGCUCCCUUUGCCUUCUAAAACUCCAGAGCCUCACAUAGCUUACAACUGUUUUCACAGACUGACACUCCUCGUGAUAAGCAAACAGAAGAUGUGUAAAAUCAGUGGUGUCUGCUUGAGCAUUGUUUGGAAAUAACAACACUUCCUGUGGCGCUCAAUCAACACAAACAGUCCUCCUGCCCAGUGUAAACAGUGCACAUUGUAUAACUGCGCACCAGUUUGUCCCUUUACACACACCCCUCGCCCUUCGCUCUGCCCUGGUGAUAUUUAUGAGCAAAGUGCAGCUAAACUUAGCCGUCUGACAGCAGCCCUCCUCAUCACAACAGACUGUGCACAGCACUGGGUUACAAUGGACAGUGUCGCGUUACCACAGAUGCUGCUGUAUCUCAACACUGUCGCCGGCCAAACAAGAUGUAGACUUAAAGACUCUUGCACUUGUAUUCCUCUCUGUCACGAUGGGCAACUAUAGCUCUGCCCUCAUUCCUGACACUGAAGAGUUUGACUCUGUGGUGUCGAUGGCAGAGAGGCUGAAUGAGCAGGUAGCACUCAUGAUGGAAGAGGAAGAACAACUAAAGCAGAGCGCAGGAAUGGAUUCUUUAUCACUUCAAGAAAACUCUCAGGAAAUGAGCCAAAAUGGGCCUACGAGCAGAAGUCCACCGAGCCUGGAACAAGUGCAGAGCGACCUGAGAGAGCUGAGAAACCAGUUUGAGCUGAUGAAGAGCCAGCACAACAAGGAAAUUAAACUGCUGAUGAGCGAGCUCGAUGAGGAGAAGAGGAUUCGCUUGACUUUGCAGAUGGAGAUGCAACGUAUGAAGAAGCACAUGUCUAAAUGAGCGGAGAACUUCCAUCAUCAAAGACGAGUCAUAAAGGUCACGUUGUACGCAACUCUGAUAAAUGAUAUUUUUCUAAGUUUGAUAAACUCUUUGCUCUUUUUUUUUAUCUACUUCUCUCGGGUGGUAAUUUUAUUGAACUUUUUCGUUGAACUGGCCUGAAGGACUUAAUGUUUUUACUGAGUCAAUGCCUAAAGUUCACAGUUGGAGCACACUGGAAGUGAUUUGUUAUCAUCACUCUGGAAAUGAGAAGUGCACGGCCCUGGCAUACAACCAGUCUGUUUUAUUUCGUUCUUUAAAGGGACUCAUUGAUGACUAUUGACUAGAGUGCGUUCAGGUUGAAAAAUGUGUCUCUUAUUGGCCAGGAAAUGUUGGAGAUCAUCAGUGUUCAAGUGCCAGUAGUACAUUAAAUAUAACUUAUACAAUGUGAUGGAGACACACACAAAGCUUCUGUUAUAUAUUAGUGCAUAUAAUUAAAAAAUAAAUAGCUUUUGACUGAAGUUAAUUGAGCAAGCUGUUUUCAUUGAUUAGUGUUGUGUGUUUGUUAAUUCAUUAAACAUGUGGCCCAAUGUU